ACUGUGCCGGGUGCCCUCUGGAGUCUGGGCAAGUGAUAAAAUAGUAAACAAAUGAAGAAUGUCGAGAUUAAAAUUAAAAAUAAUUAAAUAAGUAAGCAUUAAAACAAAUACUGUGUGCAAAUACCUAAUCAAAUUUAUUAAGUAAUAACCAGUAUAACUCUUGUUUAUGCCAAAUUUUAUUAUAUUAAUCUUCUAUGCUAAGGUAACCUCUUGGAUGUUAUCCAAUAAUUAUACAUUUAUACAAGUUUUAGUUCUCAUUUAGUCUAAAACCAUUUUUAAAGUGAUUAUAAAAUGAUAUCAAAAAAGAGUGUUAUUUACUUUGCCAAAACCUCGUCAAGACUACUUAUAUCUAAUAUUGAUAAAAGAUAUUACUCUCAAAUUAAUGAUGUUCCAUUUCUAAACUUCUACAAAAAUAUCAUGGGUGAAUCGAUUCCUGAAAAAAAACUAGAAGAAUUGAAGAAAACUGAGCCAAAUCUAUCAAAAAUCACUUCAGAUACUUUAAAGAUCUCUCUAGGUGUAUUAAAAAAAUUUGAUAUCACACCAGAGGAGGCAUGUCUCAACCCUCACUUGCUAUGCAUAAACAUAAUAUCUCUGGACAAUUAUGGAGAGAUACUCAAAGAAUGUGGGUUUAUUAAAAUUUUACCUAUACAUUUAAUAAGAUACAAUACCACAGUGAAGUCUCGUACAGUAUCACAAUUGAAAAAGGAUGGUCUUAUUAAAGAAGCAGCUAAUCUUGAGGAGACUCUCUUGGACAUAUUUCAGGAAUGGCCUAUUAUUGAGAAGUCAUUGCAACAAUUCUCCGAUUCCACUACUAAUAUAUUAACAAUAAGAAUGAGUGUAUUGGAACGAUAUUUGCAAUGGCGUCUCUCAAUAACAUCGGACGAUUUCGCCAAAUAUUGCAAACACUACUUACCCUUGAAACACAGACCGAUGAAUGACAUUCGCCAAUCAUUGGAAUUGGCCGAGAAUGUAAUAAAACUGGAUAGGAAUUGUAUUAUAAGGAAUGGGUGUAUCAUAUCAUCAGAUCCUGUUAAUACGCAAUUAAUUUUGGAGAAUGUGAAGUCAUUGGCUGGUAUAGAUAUAAAGGAAGCGAUAAAAAUGGUACCCGCGCUUUUGAAAAAUAAUUAUAAAGCGCUAUUGGAAAUCAAGGAUUUGUUAAAGGAAUAUCAAAUAUCUGAAGACGCCCAAAGACGAUGUUUGCGUGUGUAUUGUAUGAACCCGGAUUCAGUAAGAGAAAGACUAGAAGAUCUUGGAGGAAUGAAGGAAUACAAAAUACUUUCUUCUAAUCCUAGGAUAUUGUCUAUGGUAGUGCACCAAAGGAAAGUUUUGAAUCGUCUACUAAAAAUCCAAUCAGCGAAGAAACAAUGUUUUAGUCUCAAUAGUCUUAUUUCGUCGCGGAAUAUAUUCAAUUCAUAUAUGACCAGCUUUGGAAGCAAAGUAUGUAGUCGAGACAUCGCCAUAUUGAUUCUAACAACUCUGAAUGGAAAUAAUCAGAAAUGGCUAAUAAAUAACUUAAGACGACACAAAUAUUGGCUACAUACAGCUUUAAAUGUAAUAUAUGAAAAUAUAUGUAUGUUGAAACGUGAUUUCAAUGAUGAAGUUAUUUUGGAAAAUUGUCAUUUACUUUUGUAUCCUGGAUCGGAAAUAGCGAAACACAUUGGCAGCUUUCAAAAAAUGCGCAAAGGUCUAACAGAAAAGACCACAGAUAAUUAUAAUAGUUUAAAUCAUAUAAAACUUACCGACAGUCAGGUGUUGAGUCUGGUUUUAUAUGAAAUUGAGAAAAACUACCAUUUCAGCGGGGAUGGUAUAUGGACGAACCAGGAUGGAUCAAGAGAGCAGAAUAUGAAUAAGAAAAUCCAAAUGAAAUAAAAAAUUACUACUACUACUACUACUAUGUGUGAGAAAAUUGAUAUGUCUCAGACUCAAAAUCGUGUGUCAGGCACAGAAUGUAUUUGCAAUCUGUAGCCACGAAUGGUGUUUUGUAAAUUAUUUAUGUAAAUAAAACAUUCUAUAAGCACAAA